GCGCUCUUCAGACGGCACAGUCCAAGCUGCGAGGAUGGUUAAUAUUCUCACACUGUUGCGCCUCCCUGGAUUCUCAACCACAUGUUAAAAAUGUCAACUUCAGUUUUUGCUCUUCUUUAGAAAAAAAAGUCCCGUUGAGGAUUUUUCCUCCCUCUUCACUGUGAGCAGUAAUAAACAAGUGUCAAGUGGAAAACGGUUGAGAAGUUGCUCGUCAUUUACUGAGGUGACUGUUUGCGACCUCAGAUCAUGGCCUACACACUGGGCUCGGCACCUGAUGGUCAGACCCGCAGUGUCGGACCUCAACACUGCGUCACUCGGGUUGAGCUGUCUGUCACUGCUGCCAACUUGCUGGACCGAGAUGUAGCCUCCAAGUCGGACCCGUUCUGCGUUCUCUUUCAUGAAGUGGAUGGAAACUGGGUGGAGCUGGGACGCACUGAAACCGCUGUGAACAACCUGAACCCAGUGUUUGGAGUGAAGUUUCAGGUGGAUUAUCACUUUGAGGAGGUUCAGAAGCUUCGAUUCGCCAUGUUUGAUGAAGACAAGUGUGCCACUCAGCUCUACGAACACGACUUCCUGGGAGAAUUCGUCUGUACCCUGGGAGUGAUUGUGUCCAAUAAGAAACUUCACAGACCGUUGAUCUUAGCCAAUGGGAAGCCAGCUGGCAAAGGAUCCAUCAUGAUAACAGCGCAGGAGCUGUCUGACAACAGAAUCAUCACUUUGACCCUGAGUGGGCGUAAACUGGAUAAGAAGGAUUUCUUUGGUAAAUCAGACCCAUACCUGGAGUUUCACAAACAGGGGGAGGAUGGUAAAUGGAUGCUGGUGCACAGGACAGAGGUAAUAAAGAACACAUUAGAUCCAAUAUGGAAACCCUUCACUGUGCCGCUCAUUUCCCUCUGCAAUGGAGAUGUGGACAGAAACAUCAAGGUGCUGUGUUAUGAUUAUGAUAAUGAUGGAGGCCACGACUUCAUCGGAGAGUUUCAGACCACAGUUGCCAAGAUGAGUGAAGCCCAGAACUCAGUGGAGGUGGAGUUCGACUGCAUCAACCCCAAAAAGCAGAAAAAGAAGAAGAACUAUAAGAACUCCGGAGUUAUCAUUGUCAAGUCCUGUAAGAUAACACAUGAUUACACCUUUCUGGAUUACAUAUUGGGAGGAUGCCAGCUCAUGUUUACAGUUGGUAUAGACUUCACUGCGUCUAAUGGAAAUCCUCGAGAGCCUUCCUCCCUCCACUACAUCAACCCACUGGGCAGCAACGAGUAUCUCUCUGCCAUUUUAGCUGUUGGACAAAUCAUACAGGACUAUGAUACUGACAAAAUGUUUCCUGCUCUGGGAUUCGGAGCCCAACUCCCACCAGACUGGAAGGUGUCGCAUGAAUUUGCCAUCAACUUCAAUCCCACUAACCCCUUCUGUUCAGGUGUAGAGGGCAUCGCCCAGGCCUACUCCGCCUGCCUCCCUCACAUUCGUUUCUAUGGCCCGACCAACUUUGCUCCAAUCAUCAACCACGUAGCACGCUUCGCCGCUCAGGCCAUUCAGCAAGACAAAGCAGCGCAGUACUUCACGCUCCUCAUCAUAACAGAUGGAGUCAUCAGCGAUAUGGACGAGACGCGCCACGCCAUUGUGCAGGCGUCUAAGUUACCCAUGUCCAUCAUCAUCAUUGGCGUUGGCAAUGCAGACUUUGCUGCCAUGGAGUUCCUCGAUGGAGACGCCAGCGUUCUGAGGUCCAACACCGGAGAGGAAGCUGUUCGGGACAUCGUGCAGUUCGUCCCUUUCAGGGAUUUUCGUAAUGCACCAAAGGAGACUCUCGCCAAAUCAGUGUUGGCCGAGCUGCCGCAGCAGGUCACCCAGUACUUUAAACAGCGGAAUCUACCGCCCAUCAACCCGGCGCCAGAGUGAGACCCCUGGAAGAAAAAGAGCCCACAUGCUGUACAAUAGCUUGACAAAACCUUCUUCUUAUUAAUGGCAAACAGUACAGAAUGAAAGUCUGUGUCAGCUGUGACCAAAACAUGAGUUGUGGACAAAAAAAAAAAAAAAAAAAAAAGAAAAAAAUGUCAACAUUUUUGCCAUAAUAAUUGUAAAGUUUUACUGGUUUUCCAGUGUGAAUCCUUCAGAUGUGAUUUCCAGCAAACAGAUCUGUGAUGUUGUGGAAUGAGCCUUCAGAUAACAUGCAGGUAAAGCUAUGGCCUUUUUUCUAGAAGGAUUCAAAGAAAUACCUUGAUUUAUGAGGAUGUUUUCCUUUUUCUUUCUGCAUGUGUGUGUCCCGUGAUCUUUUGUGUAAAGUCUUUUCUAAGCUGAACAUUAUCAGUGGUUGAAUCCUGUCCAGUUGUUGUACGGAUUCUUUUUUAGAAAGCAGAUACGAUGAAGACUGUUUCCAUUUGUGCUCACAUGUUGGCAGACUCAUGAUCCAAGUCUGUGUAGAGCACCAUUUCUCCACCCAUCACCAGGGGAAGGUUUUUAUUUAGAAGUUUUGAUGAUCUGAGAGGCGGGUUUAACGCCUGGGAAGGAAGUAGUUGGAGGAGAAUGAGGCCACAGUGGCAGCUGUAGCACUAACACAGGAUGGAUGUGGGAUACUGUGUCAACUCAUACGGUUUAUCAAUAUGGAGCCAUGUUGCUAGCUUUUGUAAAAUCCUUGUAUUUCUUGAGUUGAUCUUGCAUGUUGUUAAUAUGAACUUACUGUUUACAAAUUGAUGCUGAUUAUCACAAAUGCAUGUAUUUUUUAUUCUAAAAUCAUUUAUUGGAUGUAAAUAAUGAGAUAAUGUUGGAAGUAAAUAUUACGUGCUAAAGAAAGAUACUGCUGUGGCAGAGAGAGCAGAGAAGUUUCAGAUAUGCAUAUAUCGAAUGUAUAUUUCUAUGAUGCUGUUUCUGUAAUUAUAAACCAAUGUUCGGCCAUGUUUAAUGUCAUUUUUAUGAAGUGAUGAAUUGUGUAAUUAAACUACAAUGUGGUAUGAUGUG